AUGCCCGCACCAACUACUACCCUCCUCAUCGAGGGCUCCUUUAGCGAACUCGCCGACGAGUUCGCCCAGUACCUUGACGCACUGCGCAAAAGCGAAGGCACCACCACCAUUCAGGCCGAAAUCUCCCCGCUCUUGGAACCCCUCCGCCAGCAGGAACAGAGUGACGCUGAGCCCGAUCGGAAACAGCGUGAUGAGGUUCUCAAGAAGCUGGUCUCGGCGGCUUCCGUGUUGAACAAUGCUCCAGAGAAGGAGAUCAUCUCCGCCUACAACCUUCUCGUCCAUCUUAUUCACUACGCCUCAGACCCUGACAUGUUCCUUUCCCGCAUCUGCUCCUACCUCGCUAAACCCAUCACCUCUUCCGCCCAGUUCGGACCCUCGCUGGCCAUCUCUAUCCUCUCCACCAUCUUCAACACUCUCGCUCCUACCGACUCCAGCCGCUUCCAUGUCUUUCUGGGUAUUGUCGCAGUCAUUCGUCAGUCCGGCUCUACGGUCGCUUUCGAAGCCCUCAAGCCUCAGUUGACCGCUCAGCUGCCCACCUGGCUGUCCUCCUGGGAGUUGGAUGAGGAAGAGGCUCAGCGCCUGCACCUCGCUGUUGCAGACGCCGCUCAGGCUGCCGGCGAUCCGGAGCUGGCGCAGACCCAUAUUCUGCAGGCUCUGCAGACCAUUCCAGCCGCGCAGGCUUCGUCCAAGGAGGCCCGCGACCUCGCCAUCCGCGCUCUCACCUCCGCUCUCACCCACCCCGCUGUGUUCGACUUCACCCCUCUGACGGCCUCGGACGCUGUCCAGGCCCUUCGCUCUAGCGAUAGCACCUUGUUUGAGCUUCUUGAGAUCUUCACGGCCGACACUCUCGAUGCUUACGAGGCUUUCGUCACCGCCACUCCCUUGGCAGGCAUCUCCGGUGGUGUGCUGGCCGACGCUGGCGAGGCGCUGCAGAACAAGAUGCGUCUGUUGACUUUGGCCUCUCUGGCCGCCUCGACCCCUUCCCGUUCCUUGCCCUAUGCCACGAUUGCCGCGUCUCUGCGUGUGCCGGCCGAAGAUGUCGAGAAGUGGGUCAUCGAUACAAUCCGUGCUGGUCUGGUUGAGGGCAAGCUGUCUCAGCUGCGCUCCGAAUUCCUGGUACACCGCGCCACCUACCGUGUUUUCGGCGAGAAGCAGUGGGCGGAAGUGCAGGGUCGCUUGAUGGUCUGGCGCCGCAGCCUCGAGAACGUUCUGGGCGUCCUCCGUACCGAGCGGGAGCGUUUCGUUCGUGAAAGCCUUCAGGCCGCCGCGGCAGCAGAGGAAGCCGCCCAGGGUAAGUCGAACGACAAGGGUAACAAGUCUGGAGAUCGUCGGCAGCGCCAUGGCAACAACCAACAAUCUCAGCAGCAACAGCAGCCCCAGGAGGUGGCUGCCGCAGAGUAA